GGCAAAAUGAGCAUAAUAUUACGCCAUUAUCAGCAGGAAUUUGCCGGCAAUAUUCCAGCAAACAUCUCAGACCUUCUCGGCGGGCUUUCUUUUUUUUUUCUUAGCCGCUGCUGUUGGAGUCAGCAUACAUUGAAAAUGUGCUCAAGCGCGCCCCCGCCGCGUGGGCUAAACCGUAUCCAGCGCAAAUCUGGCCUAUCCCCGUGGCCCCGCGACCAGGAUGCGAGAAGCGAAGAUAGAACGGCCUGUGCAGAUAUCGGAUCUGGCGGGCGAUUUCCUGAGAACCCUCGUGCCGGGUGGUUUGACUCAAGGGGUCAUCAUCAUGCUUGGGUGCCACAGGGGAGCCCCACGCUGAGUCUGAUACAAACGAUGUCUGGACUCAAAAGAAGGUGAUGGACGGGGGGGGGUUUGGUGAGACAUAGGAAACUUGAACCCUUCCGGCGGCGCCAGAUCAUCUCGUACAUCCGUAUCUGCGACCAGCGGGGAUCCAGUGUACCAUUAUAGCUCCCGGUAAUCGUUGGGAUCUAGCUCAAAAGUGCUCCUAAAAAGCACUCCGCCUUCUUCUCGUACUCUUUUUGCUCACCACCCCUCCAGGGCAUAUACGAAGACACCACGCCUCAAUCGUUUCCUGCAGGUAUAUACAUACACCAGGUCUCGCCCGCUUCGGCUUCCCUCUUCUCUCUUCCACUGCAUAGUUGUCUUCGUGACCUGUUGCACUUAGUCCGUCCGACCUGUCGGGGUCAACUCUGCCCUUUACUGAUUUCAAGGCCUGCCGAUAUAACAGAUCUUCAAGCCUGGCGUUUGAAGUGCCGUAUCCACCGCGCCCUUGGGCUAAUUUUCCCGUCUGCUUUUAAAGAGGCAUCCAAGGGCCAGCUUGGGACAGAGUUACUGCUUGUAUCUGCCUCUCUGCUAUACGCUCAUUUUUAUUUUAUUUAUUUUAUUAUUAUCUUUCGAACCCAUUCUUGAAAGAUAUAUCAUACUCUAGCGAACUGGUGAUAGGAAGACAGAACAUACGUGUGCGACGAACUCGCUGUUUUCAUAUAUACUUCGUGUCCUUGGAUACUUUCUCAAGGAAAGCAGAAGGAUUUAAUACCUCUUUCAAUCGGCCCUGGUGAACACAAUAUACAACUAAACUCGCCUACGGAUCGACAUACACAGUGGAACUCCUCACAAACAAAUCAACCAAAAGAAAAAUCACGAAACAAAUUACAGCAAAAUGUCUCCCUCCCCUCAACAUGGUGGCCACGGCGUAUCCUCCCAUCCCUCUGGCGGGGAACUGCAUAUGAUAAUGGCCUUCCAAAACGUCCAAGCAACUCCCCUCUUCGCGAUCGCCUGGACCCCGAACUCCGCCGGUGCCUACGCCGGGACCUGUAUAUUCCUUCUUCUCUUCGCCGCCAUAUUCCGGGUCCUGAUCGCUGUCAAAAUCCAACUAGAUCACCGAUGGACCGCCGCGGCCUAUUCGCGCCGAUAUGUUGUUGUUGCGGGCCAUACGCCGGAAGCAGAGCGGAUGCAGGAUGACCCCAACGCGUCCACGGCCACGCUGAUUACGGCGCAUGGCGUCGAGGAGAAAGUUAAGGUUAUCAAACGGCCGCUGAAUCGUACACCACCUUUCCGGUUUAGUGUUGAUUUACCGCGGGCUCUAUUGGUGAUGGUUCUUGCUGGUGUGGGAUAUUUGCUCAUGUUGGCUGUAAUGACUAUGAAUGUUGGCUACUUUAUGUCGGUUCUGGCUGGUGUCUUCGCUGGUGACCUUGCUGUUGGCCGAUUCGGGAGUUCUGCUGAAGCCCAUUAAAAAUAUGUUUCAUUUUUCUUUGCUUUGCUUUCAGUAUUACGAAUGUUCUAUGGCACGAUACAUCUUAUUUUAUUUGAGCAGUGCCUUGGGGAGGGUCCGCUCUUCGUUCUGUACAUAUUCCCCAUUCUUGUUUAUUGUCUUUUCUCUUCUAAUGGAUGUAGCAUUAUGGAAUAGAAUUCCGCUUCCAUUCGCA